AGCUUCUCUACAACCACCCAACCACCUCGACAACAAUCCAACCACAAGACAGACAAGAUGGGUCGCGGUCCUAAGAAGCACCAGAAGCGCCUCAGCGCGCCCAAGCACUGGCUCCUGGACAAACUGUCCGGUUCCUACGCUCCCAAGCCCUCUGCUGGUCCCCACAAGGCUCGCGACUGCCUGCCCCUCAUCGUCUUCAUCCGCAACCGCCUCAAGUACGCCCUGAACUACCGUGAGACCAAGGCCAUCCUCAUGCAGCGCCUCGUCAAGGUCGAUGGCAAGGUCCGCACCGACAUGACCUUCCCCUCCGGCUUCAUGGACGUCGUCUCCAUCGAGAAGACCGGCGAGAACUUCCGCCUCGUCUACGAUACCAAGGGCCGCUUCACGGUCCACCGCAUCCAGGCCGAGGAGGCCGAGUACAAGCUGGGCAAGGUCAAGCGUGUGCAGCUGGGCCGUGGCGGUAUCCCAUUCUUGGUUACGCAUGAUGCCAGAACCAUCCGCUUCCCUGACCCUGCCAUCAAGGUGAACGACACUGUCAAGAUCAACCUGUCCACUGGAAAGAUCGAUGACUUUGUCAAGUUCGAGGUCGGCCACGUUGCUAUGGUCACCGGUGGUCGUAACAUGGGUCGUGUCGGUGUUGUCACCCACCGUGAGCGUCACGAUGGAGGUUUCAACAUCGUCCACCUGAAGGACGCCAUCGACAACACCUUCGCCACCCGGGAGGCCAACGUCUUCAUCAUCGGUGCCGAGCGUCCCUGGAUCUCCCUGCCCAAGGGCAAGGGUGUCAAGCUCACCAUCGCUGAGGAGCGUGACCGCCGCCGUGCCAACGCCAUCGCCGGCAACUAAGCGGCUGACUGGCCUGGUGAUGAUUGAUGUUUGGUUCAACUGGUCUAGGCAAAAAGGGGUUCUCACUUGAAAAUAAAAAGUGACGGCAUGGACACGGCGUUAUGGACGUUUCGGCUCUGAAUUUCCGCUAUGGUAGAUAGCCAACCCAAUAAGCCGACACGCCGAGGUCGCAGGGUAAUGAAUUCUUGCAAACGUCCUAUUCGUCUUCCUCUUUCUCAAUCAAAGUUGUGA